AUGGCUAGUGUCGUAGCGAUCUUGGACUUGAAAGGAAAGCCUUUGAUCCAGCGAUCUUACAGAGACGACGUGGAUCCAGCUGCUCUGGAGCGGUUUCUUCCCCUGUUGACGGAGAUUGAAGAAGAGCGCGGGGCAGGUGCGAUUCAGCCGUGUCUGAGCUCACAAGGUGUGAAUUAUAUGCAUGUGCGGCACAGUAACUUAUAUCUGCUUGCGUUGUCGCGAAGAAAUACAAACGCGGCUGAAAUAUUACUUUUCCUGCACAAGCUGGCUUCUGUACUGGAGGAAUACUUUAAACAGCUAGAGGAAGAGUCGAUCCGUGAUAACUUUGUGAUUCUGUACGAGCUGCUAGAUGAGAUGAUGGAUUUUGGAUACCCCCAGACGACUGAGAGCAAGAUUUUACAGGAGUACAUCACGCAAGAGUCAUACAAACUAGAAGUGCAAGUUCGUCCACCGAUGGCUGUGACAAAUGCCGUGUCUUGGCGCUCAGAAGGAAUCAGAUAUCGCAAGAAUGAAGUGUUUCUGGACGUGGUCGAGAGUGUGAACCUGCUCGUGAAUGCGAACGGUCAUGUGGUUCGCAGCGAGAUUGUCGGCACUAUCAAGAUGAAAUGCUAUCUUUCAGGCAUGCCAGAAUUAAGGCUCGGCCUAAAUGACAAGGUGAUGUUCGAGAGUAUGGGGCGCUCGACCCGUGGUAAGUCCAUUGAAAUGGAGGAUGUCAAGUUUCACCAGUGUGUGCGUCUCUCCCGUUUCGAAAAUGACCGUACGAUCUCGUUUAUCCCUCCUGAUGGUGAGUUCGAGCUCAUGAGCUAUCGUCUCAACACGCAAAUCAAGCCUCUCAUUUGGGCCGAGGCCGUCGUAGAGCGGCACGAAGGAAGCCGCAUUGAAUUCAUGGUGAAGGUCAAGGCCCAGUUUAAGCGUCGCUCGACGGCCAACAAUGUUGAAAUUCUUAUCAACGUGCCGGAUGAUGCAGACUCGCCCAAAUUCCGGGCAGCGAUCGGCUCAGUAUCGUACGCACCUGAAUUAUCGGCGAUGGUCUGGAAGAUCAAGCAACUCAGCGGUGGCAAAGAAUAUCUCAUGCGGGCCCAUUUUGGCCUUCCAAGUGUCCAGGAUGAAGAAAGCAUUGUACGUCGCACGCCCAUCAAUGUCAAGUUCGAAAUACCCUACUUUACCGUCUCUGGUAUUCAAGUGCGCUACCUCAAGAUUGUUGAAAAAUCAGGGUAUCAGGCAUUGCCUUGGGUGCGCUAUAUCACACAAAAUGGCGAAUAUGAUUUGCGUACACAGAGUGAAAAAAAUUCCGCAAACCUCGCACACUUCACGACAUAA